CGCCCCGCGCGCUCUCGCUCUUUCCGGCCGGGCGCCAUUGCCGGGGCUGUGGCGGCUCCGGUCCAUCCCAGUCCAUCCCGCUCCAUCCGCGCCCGUCGGGCCGCGCCGCAGCCAUGGCCAUCCGCUACCCCAUGGCCGUGGGCCUCAACAAGGGCUACAAGGUGACCAAGAACGUGUCCAAGCCCCGGCAGUGCCGCCGCCGCGGGCGCCUGACCAAGCACACCAAGUUUGUGCGGGACAUGAUCAGGGAGGUCUGUGGCUUCGCGCCCUACGAACGCCGCGCGAUGGAGCUGCUCAAAGUGUCCAAGGACAAACGUGCUUUGAAGUUCAUCAAGAAGCGGGUUGGCACUCACAUCCGGGCCAAGAGGAAGCGGGAGGAACUCAGUAAUGUCCUGGCAGCCAUGAGAAAAGCUGCUGCAAAGAAGGAUUGAGUUGUACAGGCUGUGACACAAUAAAGUCCUUUCUCCCAAAAUCA